AUGUCGAAUGCGGAUUAUGGUGAACGUGGGGGAACUGCAGCUUCACGACCAACCUCCGCUGUCCACUCCCCGGCCGACCACUCUCAUUUACCUGCGCCAGCACCGCAGCCCUCCUCCAGUCUAGACGACACUGAUUCCUCGACCUGGUCCAGCUUGGGACCUCCAACUACGAAUACUUCCUCGACCAACCUGUCUUCCACUGCUACCUCCAAUAUCCACUCCUCUCAACUCGCUAAAUCACAAAGUCCCAAUCUGGAUCUCUCCACCUCCGAAACCAUUGCUCGAAAUGAGCAGCUGUUACGGGAGGCCGUCUUUCCUGGCUGGAAGGACGAUCCUCGUUCCGACGAACUCGAGAGCCCCGAAGAAUUACAGAAGAAGGAUCCUUUAGGCACUCAAAUAUGGAAACUCUAUAGCCGUACGAAAUCCCGCUUACCUAACCAGGAGCGCAUGGAGAACUUAACCUGGCGCAUGAUGGCCAUGAACCUUCGCCGGCGAGAGCAGAAGCAAGCAGCUGCAAAGCAAGCCCAAGUCAAGAGCCCGACUGAGCCCUCCGCACCCAGCGGGAUUGCUCAGCAACUCCGCAAGUCAGUAGACACCUCUGCUGAGUCCGAGCAGCCUUCAGAUCCCAUGAAUUUGGACGACUUCAUAGUUCCAAGUUCGGUUGCGUCACCCGCCGGGAUGACUUCUCCAGCAACCUCCGAACCCGUUAAUGGGCAGUCAAAACCUACUCAGGCUCCUGGGAUCCCGAUUGCGGCACGGACAAAGCCUCAGGUACAGAUUCCCAAAGGACUACCGCCCUCGUCCAUGCCCCAGUCUUCCAUUCCUUUGCGCCGGUCAUCGGAGUUUGAUUAUGUGCAGAAGAGAGUCCGGAAGACUAGCAUUGACGAGAGGAGAGGAAAUCGAAAACGUCCUGCUGAUUUCUCCCCCCAAGUGCCUCCGUUGACGGUUCCUAGUGGUGGAGGCGGCUCUGAAAUCGACAACGGUUUACCAGAUUACACUCUUGAUCAAUCUUCAGCGUCACAUUUCUCUGGGCAGCCGAAUUUUCAAGGCCAAAUGUCACUGCAUCUUGACUCUUUCCACCUUAACGAUGACCCGAUCCUCACCUCCGCCGGUCCAUUUCAGCAGAAUUUCACCUUCUCUCCCGCAGCGUCACCCAUGGUGAGCAAUGGCCCUUUCUCCAAUAUCUAUACCCAGCCUUCCAUGGCUUCUUCCUUGAACUCGGCAGAUAUCUAUUCCCCGCCCCAGUCUGGCUACCCCUCCGCCGUGUCAACGCCCCAACCUGGUCAUGAAAAUGACGUCCAGCAAUAUUACUUUGAUCAAACCGGGCAUCCGCGAGCGAUGCCGUUCUACCAGGCGCAACGGGGAAAUCAUUUGACGGCCCCCAUGGCCUCGCAAUAUGCCUACGGCGCCAACCACGAGCAAGUAUAUUCUGCCAUGAAUGGCGUUGGGUCCGCGCCGAACAUGAAUGGAUUUUCUUUACAGCAACAUGUCGAUCCUUCGAGAGUCCUGGUCCCAGAAUUUGGGCGCCGAGUGUCUCCUGGGGUUUCUAUGACCGGAAAUGACAACUUGUUCCAAUUUGGAGCCGACUCAGACCCCGAAGAUGACGAGGGAAAUUUCGGAGAACGCGGCCUCAUGAUGCAAUCCGACUAUGGCCAGAUCAGUGACCCUACAUUGGACCUCAAUUCGGGUUUGCAGUGGGACCCCAAUGUGACCGACUUUGGCAACGUGCAACGAUAUGGGAAUGCUGGAAAACAGGUCAGGAUCGGAGGUACUGAAAUGGUCAAUUCGCCUCCGGAUUGGGGUUCCUCAAUGUUGAGUCGAAACCACGGUUCAACAGUAUCGAUCAGCGAGAUCCGGAAUCGUGAUCAGGACCCAAGAAGACAAAAGAUACCCAGAACGACUUCAACGCCGGCCCUCUCCAACAAUCACCUGCACUCCACCCACAGUUCACCGGACGAAUCCGGAUUCAGCAGUCGACAGCCGUCGAGACCCAGUAGCCCAGGUCCCAAAAAUACCGACCAGAAUGGCGUCCCAACCACCUGCACCAAUUGUUUCACUCAGACAACACCAUUAUGGCGACGUAACCCGGAAGGCCACCCUCUUUGUAAUGCAUGCGGGUUGUUCCUGAAGCUUCAUGGCGUUGUUCGUCCGUUGUCCCUUAAAACUGAUGUCAUCAAGAAACGCAAUCGUGGCAGUGGAAAUACGAUGCCCAUGGGGACUGCCGCCACGAGAGCAUCCAAGAAAGCCUCUCGAAAGAAUUCGGUUCAGCAGACCCCAGCAACCACACCUACUUCUGGCAAUGCUGCGAGUGAACAGAAUUCGGCAUCGCCAGCCUCGGUUCAAGGCUCCGCUCAUUCGGGAUCUGCUGUAACAACACCGACAAGCUAUCCUCCUGGGACAACUGGAGGUAAACCUGGGGUUGUACCGAUUGCUGCAGCACCACCGAAGCCUCCUGUUCCCCCCGGUCCGAACAUGGCUCGCCCCGUUCAAGUCACGCCGAAACGUCAGCGGCGUCAAUCUCGGGCAUCGACCAAUACUUUACCCAUCAUCAGCAGCAAUUCGGGGUCUACGAAUGAAGCAGAGAUGCAGGACGUGAGCCAGUCAACACCCAAGACCACCCAGACUCCUGUCACUCGGGCUAAGGCGGCCAGUAUGUCGUCUCCGGCUGAAGCCACGACAAUGGCAUCAGUGAUGCAAGGAGGUCUGCUCAACUCAGGCGUACAAAACCUGAACGGGAACUCGCACGGCAACAGUCAAGAAUGGGAAUGGUUGACCAUGAGUUUGUGA